AUGAUCAAUCUAUGGAGCCAGCGCAGAGAGGCUGAAGAGGCACGCAAACAGAGGCCAAAGACUUCGCCUGCGCUCAUACGUAUGCAGAAAGACAUUUCUGAGCUCGACCUGCCACCUACUAUGGAGGUCCAGUUCCCUGACCCCGCAUCCAUCAUGCAGCUCGAGCUCAUCGUGUGUCCAGAUGAGGGCAUCUACGAGGGCGGCACAUUUCGAUUCCGCAUCGCGAUGAACGAUAACUACCCCCAUGAUCCACCGAAGGUCAAGUGCCUCCAACGGGUAUACCAUCCCAAUCUUGACCUUGAUGGGAAUGUAUGCCUGAACAUCUUGCGCGAAGAGUGGAACCCGAUCUUGAAUCUCAACUCUGUGACUGUCGGCCUGCUUUUCCUCUUCCUCGAUCCGAAUGCGGACGACCCUCUCAACAAGGAAGCGGCGGAAGAGCUGCGGCGCAACAGGCAAAACUUCCAUGCUCAUGUAAAGCGCACUAUGAAGGGUGCAUCGCUGAAUGGCGUGCAAUACGAUCAAGUGGCGGCCUAG